AGAGAUGCCUUCGAUAGUGGGAAUACCGUCUAAGGAAGGCCAUGAGGAAUGCAACGAACGGUUAGAUCAGAACCACGUGGCAGAUCUUACGGCUAUAAACGUUUCUCUACCAGCUGAGAAGUUUCUUCAAGCGGCGAUUUCUCUCAAAGACCAGGUGGUGGAGGCGACUUGGAAAGGCGGAGGAGGAAGAGACAGUGGACAAAGCUUGGACACAACUGUAUAUAAAGGUUUGCUUGGGACAGCUUUCACUUGCUUAAGGUCCUACGAAGUUACCGGUAACCACCACGACCUGCUAUUGUCCGCCGAGAUUAUCGACACCUGCGCCCUUCUCGCACCGACCCUCACAAGGCACCCUACGUUUUUAUGCGGGAGAGGUGGAGUUUACGCACUUGGAGCUGUUGUAGCUAAUUACAGAAGUGACCCUCUGAGGCGUGAUUAUUUCGUGAACCUUUUCCUUGAGGUGGCACAAGAAAGAGCACUUCCAAGUGGACCAGAUGAAGGUGGGUUUGGGAUGCCUUAUGAGCUUCUGCAUGGGCGAGCUGGAUUCCUAUGGGCAGCGUUGUUCAUAAACAAGCAUCUUGGGCAAGAGACAGUGCCCAUGGACCUUCUAAUGCCAGUGGUAGAAGCUGUAUUGGCAGGGGGUAGGGCAGGAGUGUCUGACACUACCGCGUGCCCACUGAUGUUCAGGUUUCAUGGGACAAGGUACUGGGGUGCGGCUCAUGGUCUUGCUGGAAUCCUUCAUGUCCUACUUCACUUCCCUCUCUCUGGAGAAGAUGCAGAGGAUGUCAAAGGGACUCUUAGAUAUAUGAUGAGAAACAGGUCUCCACAUAGUGGCAAUUAUCCUUCAAGUGAAGGGAAUCCAAGGGACAAGUUAGUGCAAUGGUCACAUGGUGCCACUGGCAUUGCCAUCACUCUAUGCAAAGCAGCCCAGGUGUUCUCUAGUGAUAGAGAGUUCCGAGAUGCUGCAAUAGAAGCAGGGGAAGUGGUGUGGAAGAGUGGGUUGGUUAGAAAGGUUGGGCUAGCAGAUGGUGUGAGUGGCAAUGCAUAUGCAUUCCUCGCACUCUAUCGUUUAACAGGAGAUAGCAUUUACGAAGAGAGAGCCAAGGCAUUUUCUAGCUUCUUGUACUACAAUGCAAGGAAAAUUGUAACAGCUGGCCAUCUCCAUGGAGCUGAUCAUGCCUAUUCCCUCUUUGAAGGGCUUGCUGGAACAGCUUGUCUCUGGUUUGAUAUGCUUUCUCCAGAGAGCUCCAAGUUCCCCGGGUUUGAGCUUGAAUGAGAGGUGAUUUUUCCAGCUUAAGAAGUCUUGUAAAACCUGAGAUGUAUAUAUUCCAUAUAUCUGUUAGCAAUGGGGAGUGACUUAGCUAAUCCCUU